AUGGUCUCGAUCACUAGUCUCUUGACAGGUCUACUGGCCUUGUCCUCCUCAGCCGUCUCGACCGCAAUCCGUCGCCGGUCCAUCACACCGCCAGAAGGAUGUCCAAUUCCUACCUGGACCGUCGACUACUUCCACUGGUUUAACGGCUCCCACAGUCUAGACUGUAUCCAUAACCAAGACGACAUCAACGCCAAGGGCUGCCUUUGCGGAUCAAACUGGUGCGAACCGAACCCGGCAACAUGCAAUGGUAGCAUGGUGAAUGUCUGCUGGACUGGCAUGCCCAACUACCAGCCAUGGGGCUACGGCCCACCCCAAACUCUCGACAUCCAGUUCGCGGAUGGCUUGACUUGUCACGACCAGUAUAUCGGCUAUCGGAUUCACGAUAUUGCUCAUGGCGAGAGCAACUGUGGAUAUGCUGAUCGAGGUCUGGGGAGGAUCGUUGCUUUCUAUGGUUCUUCGGAUUCCGAUUCGUCCACGGGCCACAUGGACUAUACUCUGGGCGAUGGCCAUGCUCUCAAAUGCGACAAUGGGAGCUCCAUCACGUACUCUGGGAGUGUGGACUUUGAACUUACCUGUACCCAUGAUGCCGAUUUCAAUGCCACUUGCACAGCGCCUGUGUUUGAGGUCCCUGUGCUGAGUUAUGAGUGGGUUUCGUAA